UUGCGGUGGUCUCAGAGGAUCCACCUCUCCGUGCUUCUCUGCCUCCUCCCUCGGCUGAUGCUUUUUAUCCUGCGCGCUCCGCACAGGAAAGCCAGUGUCCUGCAGGCACUAAUUUCAGCCUUUUCUCAAUUUUGCAAACCGAGCAGGACUUCUGCGCCACUUCUGCAACUUUUCUGCAAACUUUUAAUGGGAACCGGCGACUGAGGCGAGCCCCUUGCGUCUGUUGAACCCGGAGCCGCAGCCAUGGUCUGUUGCGCAUUUGGUUCGGUGCUUGGAUGUUUACGCAUCGCGCUGCUGUGGGUUCCGCAACUAGGGGCGCUCACGCAACACGCUGCAACACAGCUCAGCGGGGCAUCUUCAUCUUCCUCACCCUCAGCUCCAGAGUGCUACCCGGGGGGCCAUAGGGUGCUGCGUAAUUCUCAUCGCAGCGUGGACUUUGACUCCACGGAGAUCCAGAACACGGCCAUCCAGAACCUGAUCUGUGACCACUCGCUGUUGGCUGGCUGGUACAGAUUCAAGAUCAACAACAAGCCGGCAGAGAUGCCGACCACCUGCGUGGAGAUGAACCACUGUGGUACUCAGGCUCCGGUGUGGUUGUCCCUGAAGGACACCUUCCUGCCGCGGCCCGGUGAGGUCCGCCAGCUGUCCGCCUGUGCCACCUGGCAGUUUUUCCAUGGCAGCGCCAAAGACUGCUGCCUUUUCCGGAUCCCGAUCACAGUCCGGAACUGCGGCGAGUUCUUAGUGUACUAUCUUCAGCCGACGCAGGGCUGCAUGGGAUACUGUGCCAAAGUUUCUCCAGAAUUGGGAUCCAGAAUCUGCUCAGCAGGGGAAGUAGAAGUUAAUGGUCGAUGCAAAGCUGCAGUCCCAUCCCUGCCCUCCAGGCCCGUCAUCACCCCAGAGCUCAUCGGGCACAGCAUCCACCUUAGGUGCUCCUUCAUCCCCCCACAGUGGAACCAGGUGCUGGGCUUCCAGGUGGUUUGGGCCAGACGCAUCAGCAGCAGUAUGAAGGCUGAGAUCAGACAGGAAUCCACGCUGAAGCCCUUUUCUUUGGUGGAGAUGGAUGGCGUUCACUUCAGACUCGGAGAAAUGUUCUCCUGCAGCGUUUCCACUUUCAGAGUCAACUCCAGCCACUACAGAUCUACUCCCAAAGAAAGUGAGAGUUUCUACGCUGGACUCAAGUUUUUUCCAGAUUUGCUCCACAUAGCGGAGAACAGCAAGGAGCAGGAGGUGACCGUUCACAGCACGGUGCCCAUCCCUUGCUUCAGCUCCGACCUUGGCCACCAGUGUGGAGUCCCUCUGGCUCUGAGUGUCCAUGACCCAGACAGUCUUGGACAGGAGGUCUCCAACGUGGUGCUUUCCACCUGUCAGGUGGAGAUCCAGCCGAAAGCCUGCGGAGGAGGCAGCUGUGGCUGGGCCAAGUUCUUUGUCACUGCUGUGACUGAUUUCACACGUGACGGGAACCGACCGAGUUUGGUCAGUGCUUUGCCUGGACCCGGUGCCCCCCGACUGUGGAGGAGCUAUAUCCCAACCUCUCUCAAAGUUGUGGUCCAGGAUGUUCCCACUUCCAUCUGCUAUUCUUUGACUGAUCCACACAUCGUAACGCUUGAUGGCAGGCGGUAUGACAACCAUCAGACUGGCACGUUUGUCCUGUACCGAAGCCUUGCUCGGGGGUUUGAGGUCCAUUCUCGACAAUGGGACUGUGGCAGUCGACACUACUCUGUGGCCUGUAACUGUGGUGUUGCUGUGCAGGAGGAGAAUGAUGUUGCUGUUUUUGACAUGUGCAACGGGCAACUUCAGGAAACCCGGCCACAGCUUACCGUGAAGAACCUUGGAGACGAGGGUAGCCGGGUCCGGGUGCUAGAGUCCCACCAGGGGAAGAAAGUCACCUUGCUCUUUCCCUCCGGGGCCUUUGUUAGAGCGGAUGUAGGUGAUUGGGGGAUGAGUCUGUCUGUCCGAGCUCCCAGUGUCGACUACAGCAACACUCAAGGCCUCUGUGGGAACUUUGACCGCAAUAGCAACAAUGACUUCCAAGGCUCUGAUGGGGAUUUUUAUGGUCCUGAUGACCUGCAUCGCUUCAUCGAGGACUGGAGGAUAGCUCCCGGCGAGAGUUUAUUUGAUAAAACACCUCCAGGAAUGACACAGAGGGUCAGGCGGCCUUUCUGUCAGUGCAAAGGAGGUUAUAGUGCUUCCCAACAUCCUGGCACAGGGAUGGGAAGCUUUCCCAAUCCUCUGGCUCACUCUGACUGCAUUGCGUAUGAUAAUGUGGAUUAUACAUCAGUCUUCCCCUCCAUGGACACAACAGUGGAACACAUCAAGAGUCCGGACAGAGAGGAAAGCAUCCUGGAAAUGUCUGCCUUCAGUAAUCAUCCUCUGGAGAGGAGGCACCUUUGGAUUCAUGGCCAGAACAAUCAGAACAGUGAUGGUGAUUUGGGACUGGCCGGUGAGUUCAGAGAGGACUUUCUUCUUUCUGUUAACAGGCCCAGAAGACAGGCAUCAUUUGAAUUCCAGCCUGUUUUUGCCACACAGAGCCUCAGUCAAGUGGAUUUAGAAAGAUUUGCCUACUUUUUCCCUGAGGAUCACCUGGUGGAAGCUCAAAAAGAGGUGCAACCUCGUUGGCCGACACCAAGUGGCUUGACCUCAGCUAAAGCCCUGGAGGUGUGCCAGAUGGCAUUGGUUAACUCCACCGUUGGAGCAGUGUGCCAGGGGCUGCUAGGACGCCGUCUGGAUGAGGCUGUGGAUCUUUGCAUGCUGGACCUGCAGCUCAAAGAUGACCUGGGUUGGGAGGAGGCGCUGCUGGCGUACUUGGAGAACGAGUGCGAGAGGCGGCUGCUGGAGAACCGGACCCAGCGAGCUUUAGAGUUAGCGACGUCACCGGGGGUUUCUGGGAAGGUAGUGAUGGCACUACGCUGUCCAAACUUCUGCAAUGGAAAUGGAGAUUGUACGGAGUGGGGCUGCCAGUGUUAUCCCAGCUACAGCUUCUACGACUGCAGCUUGACCACCAGCCAGCCAGUUGAGAUAACCGAUUUGGAGAACAAAGGACUUUGUGACAUCCGAGCCUUUGACUGUCGGAAUGUUCGAGUCUUUGGCCUCGGCUUCAUCAACUCUCCUGACCUGAGCUGCCAUGCCACCAGACUUAAGUACAUGAACAAAGGCUGGGUUCCAGGGGAACAACAGAGGACUAAAGCCACCUUCCUCAGCUCCAAAGCUCUGGACUGCGCUGUGCCAUCGCUAAGCAACACUGCCGUCACGACAGAAGACUUCAUGAUGGACGAUAAACCGUACGCACUGUGGGAGAUUAAGGUGACCAAUGAUGGCUCCCAGUACAGCCAGGCAAAGGUGCUGACUAUCUAUGAUGGUGUUUGCCAGGUCUGUCAGACAUCAGGCUCAGGACUCUGUAAGUUAAAGGAGAGGACCUGCAACAUUGACGGGAUGUGUUUUGCAGCUGGAGAUGCCAACCCCAGCAGUCCCUGCCUUCUCUGUGACCCGGACAUAUCCAAGUUCACCUGGUCUGUAAACCAAGUCAACGAGCCACCAUCUUUUCACCCACCUCAAAGCCACCUGCAGACGUUUGCUGGAGAGAAUUUCGUCUUCCAGUUCGCUGCGUCUGACCCCGAAGGCUCGGCGCUUCUCUUCCAGCUGGAGGAGGGUCCAGAGGGGGCUGUUCUCUCCCCUGCUGGCCUCCUCAUCUGGAGGGUGCCAUUGGUUCUCGGGGAGGUGGAUGAUGGGCGUUGGACAAGACACUUAUUCCGCUUCACGGUGUCCGAUGAAUGUAACGCCCAGAGCACUUUCAGCAUAGAGGUGGACGUGGUGUCCUGCGGCUGCCAUAAUGGAGGAACCUGCGUUCCAGACGUCAACUACCCCGCCGGCAGUGGGAAGUACCUGUGUAUGUGCCCAGUCAGUAAGCAGGGGGAGCUCUGCGAGGAGGAUGUGAACGAGUGUUUGUCGACUCCGUGCAUGGUCGGCAGGUGCAUCAACACAGCUGCCGGGUACAGAUGUGAAUGUCCUGCAGGGCUGCGCGGAUUGACAUGCCUGGAAGAUAUCAACGAGUGUGAGAGGAAGCCGUGUUUUCCAGGAGUCCAGUGCUUCAAUAGCUUUGGCUCCUUUGGCUGUGGUCCAUGUCCCAAAGGCAUGAUGGGAAAUGGGUCCACUUGUACUGUCUUCCGGCCAGCUGCCAUCACCCCCACAUCUGCCCCUCGUACCACUGUUUACUGGAUACCAGCUGUUCUGCUCCAAUCCCCUAAAAUAAAGACAGACACUCUCCGGAAAACCUCAACAAGCAGCUCUGUGCAGACGAAAGCCGACCCAGAAACCGAGUCCGUCUCUUGGAGAAGAACUCCGGGGAUUAGUUCGGACAAGAAGCUCACAGCAGCAGGAGCCAAUGAGGGCGCCGCAGAUGGGCCCCAAAGAACGAGUCCUCCUUCAGCUGGAGGUAGCCCAAACACAUCCAGGUCCAGGCCCAUUCCAGACCCAAAAACUCCUGCUGGGAAGACCUCCAUGGAAACGUCUGAAAACAGCAGAACAGCAGCAGGACCAGCUCCGUCUCCGGCCGUUAACAUGUCGGCUACCUGUGCCAGCAGGCCCUGCUUCCCCGGGGUCCAGUGCAUCAACCGCAGGCCGCCACAUGUCGGCUACGUCUGCGGCCGAUGCCCUCCAGGACUCCACGGCAACGGCCGCAUCUGCAUGAAGUCUUUCAAGGAAGCAUCCAAUCACCUGCCUCAGCAGCAGACAUUUGGGAAGUCCAGCCGAUCUCCCUACAGAAGCAGCAGCAAAACAUACAUGCUCCACCUGCCCAACCUCCCCAACAGGCAUGGGGUCAAUCACCUGUCCUCGUUUGUCAGGAGACCACACGUAGACAAUUCCCCACAUCAGGAUCCUGCACUAGAGAGAGGCGGCGGGACAGGGAGGAGGGAGGCGGUUACUUCUGCUUCCAGGGAUCGUCCCGGGAUGUCAGUUGGUGUCCUCAACAUCACAUCUGAUACUCACUCCAUCCGUAAAGAUGCCAGCUCCAGAUCAGAUCCCAGGACAAACACUGGAUCUCAUAUCUUCCUCUCAGAGGUAAGUCUAAUAUUUCUGUACUGCUGAGCAGCCACAUUCUGGACUCCACUAACCUUCCCCUUCAUUUCCCACAAGUCCAAAGGACUUGGCGCUGUACCCCUUCAGGUACCUCCAUCCUCUCAGUCCAAACAGAAAGGCCAACCACAGCUUAACCAUGUGGCAUCCACCAAACCCCAGACUCCCCCAAGAUCCGUCCUCCCUCUCACUGCAGCCCUCACCGCUCUGUCCUUCUCGCUGUCCGAGUCUGAGUUCUCUGCAGACGGAGAUGAGGCUGAACCCGGAUCAGAGAGUCUGGUACCGGCACUGACCCUAACAACUCCAGGGAAGACCAUCUACAACUCCCAGCCACGAGGAACUACCUCGGUCCAGCAGUGGCCAAGGAGCGACACUACAGCCCACAAAUAUGUGACAGCGUGUGUGGAGCGGCCAUGUUUUCCUGGAGUCCAGUGUGAGCCAGCCAUGGAUGGGGGCUUCCACUGUGGGAGAUGUCCUGUGGGAUACACUGGGGAUGGACGAACCUGUCAAGCUGUUUGCAGACAUGCUUGUGGUAGAAACAUGGAGUGUGCUGCGCCCAACACAUGCCGCUGUAAACCCGGCUACACGGGUUCAAACUGUCAGACAGUGAUUUGUAAUCCGGAGUGCGUGAACGGUGGCGUUUGCAUCGCUCCGGAUGUGUGUCGUUGCCCCGGAGGUUUCCAUGGAGACGUCUGCCAGGAAGCUCUGUGUCGGCUACCGUGUGAACACGGAGGCACCUGUGUGGGUCUGCAGACCUGUUCCUGUCUUUACGGGUUUGUUGGUCCGAGGUGUGAGACCAUGGUGUGUCGUCGUCACUGCAACAACGGAGGUCAGUGUGUGUCUCCAGAUGAGUGUCUGUGUCCACCGGGCUGGACCGGACCGUCCUGUGAGACUGCUCUCUGCUCCCCCGUCUGUCUGAACGGAGGGAUGUGCGUCCGGCCGAACGUCUGCGAGUGUCCCCGCGGUUUUUAUGGAGCUCAGUGUCAGAACGCUGUCUGCAGUCCGCCGUGUAAAAAUGGCGGCGUGUGCAUGAGGAACAAUGUGUGCUCGUGUCUGCAGGGAUACACGGGAAGACGCUGUGAGAAAAGUGUGUGUGAGCCCGGGUGCAUGAACGGCGGCAGGUGUGUCGGUCCAGAUGUGUGCGACUGUCCAUCCGGCUGGCAAGGGAAGCGAUGUGACAAACCCAGCUGUCUCCAGAAGUGUCUGAAUGGAGGCGAGUGUGUUGGUUCGAACACCUGCCACUGCGCCCAAGGAUGGCAGGGCAUGCUGUGCCAGAUCCCUGUCUGUGAACAGAAGUGUCUGUACGGCAGUCGCUGCGUUCGCCCCAACGUCUGCGCCUGCAGGAGCGGCUACACCGGAUCUCUGUGCUCCACCAGACUUCCCAUCGCCCGAGGCUGACGACCAGCUGCAGCUUCUGAUGGCAGACAUCACCUCAUCACCUGGAAGGACAAAGACCACCAAGCCGAUAACAGAGCCGAUAAUGGAACCGAUACCAGAGCAGAUACCAGAGCAGAUAACGGAACUGAUAACAGAGCCGAUAACGGAGCCGAUAACAGAACCGAUAACGGAGCCGAUAACAGAACCGAUAACGGAGCCGAUAACAGAACCGAUAACAGAGCCGAUAACGGAGCCGAUUACAGAACCGAUAACAGAGCCGAUAACAGAACUGAUACCGGAGCCGAUAACAGAACCGAUAACGGAACUGAUAACAGAACCGAUAACGGAGCCGAUAACGGAGCCGAUUACAGAACCGAUAACAGAGCCGAUAACAGAACUGAUACCGGAGCCGAUAACAGAACCGAUAACGGAACCGAUAACGGAACCGAUACCGGAGCAGAUAACGGAGCCGAUAAACUUUCCAUCAACAUUUUCUCAACCAGAUGAAUCCCAACGAGUCCUGAAAGUCGUGAAUCAUGAGAGAAGAUUUUCCUGGGAAGACGUUCAGCUUCUUCACCACAGAAACGAACCGCUGCACCAGUAUUUAUUUAUUUUGGUUGUUUGUUAUUGUCACUGAUGUUGUGUAUAUGUGUUAAUCUGUGUAAUCUGUUUACUGGUUGUUUUAGGAGAAAAUAAAACUCCUUCAGAGGACAUUUCCUCUCAGAU